UCAACUUCCAUCUGCCUCUUAGAAAUCCUAGAAUCUCAGAAUUGGAAGGUCAGAUACAAGAGACCUGCCUUGAGCCCUGGCCACUGGCUCCAUUAUACCAACUGAAGCAAGUCAAAGAACAGGGUCCAUGCUGAGGGAUGCCCAAGAAGUUCCAGGGCGAGAACACCAAGUCGGCCGCUGCCCGAGCAAGAAAGGCCGAGGCCAAAGCAGCAGCUGAUGCCAAGCGGCAGCAGGAACUGGAGGAUGCCUAUUGGAAGGAUGAUGAUAAACACGUCAUGAGGAAGGAGCAGAGAAAGGAAGAGAAGGAGAAGCGCCGUCUGGAGCAACUGGAACGAAAGAAAGAGUUGCAAAGGCUGCUUGAAGAAGAAGACUCCAAGCUGAAGGGAAAGUCACCCAAGCCCCUGACCCCAGGCAAAGUGACUCGGGCCCAGAUAGAGGAAACACUCCGCCGAGAUCAGCAGCAGAAGGAGAAUGAAGAAACAGCGGAGAAACCAAAAAGUCACCUUGAAGUACCCUUGGAGGAGAAUGUCAACCGCCGAGUCCCUGAGGAGGGGAGCAUAGAAGCCAGAACGAUCGAGGAUGCCAUAGCUGUCCUCAGUGUUAAUGAUGACUCUGACCGGCACCCUGAGCGCCGCAUGAAAGCUGCUUUUACUGCCUUUGAGGAGCUGCACCUGCCAAGACUGAAGAAGGAGAACCCCAACAUGCGCUUAUCUCAGCUGAAACAGCUACUGAAGAAGGAGUGGAUGAGGUCCCCUGACAACCCCAUGAACCAGCGGACCAUGGCCUACAAUGCCCAGAAAUAGAACUUGGGGAAUGGAGACAGGCAGGGAAGGAGAGGGGACCCAUCUUAGUCUGGACCACUGGGUCUCAGGCCCUGAAAUCAGGGUUGGGGGAGGGGGAAGAACAGCCCCAGAGAGAACCAGUGGGAUUUUUAAAAACCCAUUUCCCUCCCCUGUUCUCAGCACUACUGAUUAAAAGAGGAGUCACCAUCCGGCCAAGGUUCCUACUGUCCAACCUUUCCUGCUGCCUCCCUGGGAACAACCCUUCUCUAACUUCAGGGAAGAAGGGUCCUCAUCCCAGCUAACCUAGCCAGCAUGGCAGCACUGGUCAAUUCUUUUCUGUCUCUCUGUGUCUCUCUCCCUUCUUCCCUCCCUCUCUUUGCCUGCUUUCCAGCCUACCCACCCCGGGGUGGGAGGACAUGGCUUUUGCUUUCAUCCAAUGGGUUCCAAAACUUUGCAUCAAUUUCUUAGGCCUCACUGCCUUUAGCAAGGCCAGGCUGGGGCCCAUCUUCCUCUCUUCCCCAAAGUAAACAAGGAGGAUGCACCUAUCCCAGGUAAUCAUCUUAAGGAGGAGCUCUCCCUGAACUGGGGGCUGGAUCCUAGUUCUCCCUCUCCCUACUUCAUCUUUGAACUUCUUGCUGAAGGGGCCGAGGGGCUUGGAGACAUAAGCAUUUAUCACUGGCCUCCCCUCCACUUUUGCUUUUUCUGGCAAGGAGAACUGAAUAGUCACCACAGUGUUGUCAGUUGGGCAUCUGCUUCCCCUUCUAUGAGGCCCCUCUAAGCUAGCUGGAUGGACCAGUCACCAGCACGCCUCAUGUCCCCUUCACUCUGGUCACUUGCUUUCCACAGGGUUUCUGCCAACUUUCUCAUGUGCCCAAUUCCUUCUGAGCAGGUUUAGAAGCAGGUGAGGCAGCCUCCAAGGAGCUAGGGUAACUGGCUUCAUUGUGGGAUUCGUUUAUUCCCACUGGGGGUUGUGGCCAACAAACCUGAACUACUCUAGCCAAUAAAAGACUUGCAGGUGGUAUUUUUAUUUAUUUAUUUUUUAAUAAGUGAUUUUAAGUUCAUUUAACUCCCACUCCAAUAUCAGUAGCCAGAGACUGAAAAUCCUAGAGGUACAAGCCUCCCUAGUGAUGGUCAGUUCCUGGUUCUUGGCAGCACAGGGCUGACUGAUUACUUUUCCCUUUUGCCUCCCAUCUCCCCACUAAAACUUAAAGAACAUGGUCCUGGAUAUAGCCAAAUGGCCACCACUUGGGAUAGCCAAGCCUCUAAUUAUCUUGUCCUGCUUUGGGCCUAGCUAGUACCAAGGGACCUCCCUUUCUAGGUACUAUGCUCUAGGUACCAGCCUGCUCCCAUUAAGGGCUUUCCCCUUACUCAAGGGCUUGGUGUGUAUAUUUGGGGCUGUAGAAGUGUAUAUCACUCAUGGCUGCAGCCUCUAAAAAGCAUUUGCACUUUUUGACCGUAGAGUUUUUCGGUGUGGGGGGGGAAUCUCACCCUUCUUUCCCUGGGGACCCCUGUGCAAGGUCACCUCUAGCCCUGGCCAUGGAAGGACACUAGGGCACUGAGCAAACAGUAAAGGUAGGGUGACAAACACUGCAUAGCCCCCAGGCUCCAUGUUGCCUCUCUCUGUGACCCUUUUCUUCCCUUCCUCUCAUCUUAGGUACAGAAAUUUGUAUCAGGGGUUUUAACUUGCAGAUAUUAAAUACCACUGAAGGACAAGGCCAAAGCUUCCCCACCUUAGUGGCAGGAAAAUUCCCUGCUGGCUCACCCUGGGAAGAGCUUAGGCUGUUUUGGAGAUUUGGGGUAUAAGAGCUUAACCCGGAAAGAACCAGAGAAUUUGGAGCAAACAUUUUGCUUCCCAGAUUGAAGGAGGGACUAGAGGGUCCCCAGGGGAAGCUCUGGGCCUCCAUCAAGGGGAAGGUGAGGAGAGCCUCUUCUUCAUACCCAGAAUAUUUCUUGUCCUUUCCUUGUUGAAAUCCUAUUCAAUGUGCAAGGGCCACCACCACCCCCCAGCAAGUUCUCUACCCUAUACCCCAGGAAGAAGUAAACUAUGUCCACAGCAUCACAUCUGCCCAUCUUGUGAUUCUUAUUCUGCCCUCUGUUAUUGUAGUUAUUCCAAGAACCUGUCUUUCCCCAGCUAGUUUGUGAGGUCCCCUGAGAGUUCCCAAUGAUCUUCUAAUCAUCUCUGUCUUCCCCUCUCAGUGUAGCCCAGAGCAGGUCCCUGCACACAGUAGGCACUCAGUGUUCAAUCCAUUCAUUAAAUAAACAGAACUGGGUCCCAA